UUGGUCAAACUGUUUUAAUUAACUCAACAAUAAUUUAUUUAAAGGAUAUCUUUUUAAAAUUGAUAACAUGGAAAUAUCAACGGAACCAGCAUUUCUUGAAGUCGAACUUCCACAGACCCUGCUUGAAUCUCCAUCAGUUUCUACAUUUUUGCCAGACGAAGAGGCCUCUAUAUUUCCGUUGCUAUCAAGUAACGGUGGAUUGGAGCCUGUCUUAUUAUCACACCCAUUAAGCCCGACAAUUGUUGCAAGCGAUAUUACCUCAUCUAAUAUAAGUAAUACAGACUGCAAGGCGGACACGAGUUCUUCUGGAAGUAGCACCGGCAUCGCAAUGGAUGCCAUGGAAACUGCGUCAAGCAGCCUUUUCAACAAAGUGAACUAUCAUCAUUUACAAAACAACAACGUGACGAGUCAAGAUGCCAGUAGUCACUGUUUAAAAGGAACUAGAAGAAAAUCUAAAGAAACGCCAUCUUUUGUAUCUUGGAAUUGGCCGCUUAUUCGAAAAUGUACAUUUUUCGUUUUCCUAUCGGGAAUCUUAGCAAUAUGCUCAAUUGUUGUUGCUCAAAUUGUCAGCAUGCCAAAAUUUUGCAAUCCCAAAACUGCUUGGUAUCGAGGAAGCGUUUUUUAUGAAAUUGAUCCGGCAUCUUUCAACGACUCUAAUAAUGAUGGUAUUGGCGAUAUUAGUGGAAUAAUAUAUGGAAUAGAUUAUUUAGCAAAUUUAGGUAUAUCUGGAGUACGACUCAACACUAUUUUUCCCUCCGGUCCUCAUUACGAUGGAGAUGUUAACGUUUUAUCGAUAAAUACAAUUAGACCUGAACUAGGAAACCUGAGUACUCUGCAUAAAUUGGCCAAUGUCUUACAUGCACACAAUAUGAGUCUUUUAUUAGAUUUGCCAUUGCAGCACGUGAUUGCUGGGAGAAAGGAUAAUGAAGUUCUUGAUGUUAUUUCAAAAUCUUUACAUCAUUGGAUUGACCUCGGGGUGAACGGAUUUUAUUUAAAGGGACUGGAAUCACUUAAAAAUAAUGAAACACUUUUAAUGUGUUUAUCAUCUUGGAAAGGUGUAAUCGGCAAAGAUAAAGUGCUUAUAGUAGGGGAAUCGUUUUUAAAAGACAAGUCCAAAUCGGAACUUUCUGUAUUGUUGGAGCAUAUCGAUUUGGUUGACUUUAUUUUAAGUAUUGAAAACAAUUCACAAAAAAUGAAAGAACGAAUUGAACUUAUUUUAAAUGAUAUGCCAAUUGCUGACGACAGAACUUGGAUUCAUUGGUCUAUUGGAAGAAAUUACAUGGAUACACCCGACAGUAGUCAACCAAUUGUUUCAAAGAUUUUCGCUGCAACAAUAAUGCAGCUUAUUUUGCCAGGGACGCCAAAUAUUAUGCAUGAAAAUGCAGUAGCCAUAACAAAAAUAAAAAUUAAGAACAAUUCGGUACAACCAAUAGAACUUUGGGCUGAACGCUUAUAUAAUAUAACUGAUCAGGAGAUCAACAUAAGAUCAUUGGACAAACUAAUAUUAGUACAGAGAAUGAUAUCCUUACGCGAGCAAUCUCCAUCAAUCUACAAAAAUGUUGUGUGCAAGUUCACGGAGAAUAAAUCAAACACCCAAAUACUAGCACAUAGCAACGCUGACGUUCUAAUAAUAGUCCGAUAUUACCCACGAAAAAAUUCAUUUGUGUCAAUAACAAAUUUCGGUAGUACUAAAGUUGUUUUAGAUUUGACAUCAAUGUUUUAUAGUGGCAAUGAAAUGCUUAAUGUGGAAUCAAACGAGAAAAUAUAUUUUAAACAAUUUAAAGUUGAUGCAUUUAACACGAUUGUAGUUAAAUUGGAUAAAUAAAAGUUUUCGGCAGAAAUUAUACAAUAAUUUGGUCGUUUUAAAAUUA